GAAAAGAAUCUCGGCCAGCUGGAUGAUGAUGGAUCUAAGGAAUUUGACCCUACUGACCGUAGCUCUGGCCAUUUUCGCAUGCCACACGUUUGCCCAUAUUCAGUAUUCGGAUGAAGAUUCCGUGGAAUGGUGUCCACCGGAUGAUGAUAAUAACACCAACAAUAAUAAUACCGAUAAUAAUGGGAAUGAGAAUAAAACGGAUCAUGAUACAAGUUUGUGUGCGAAUUUCCAGCACAUUCGCGAUCUGAUCGAUCAGGAGACCUUAAUAGAACUGAUCGAAGUGCACUAUAAUUGUGAUGCGAAAUUCCGACGCGCCAUGAGGUACUACGAUACCCCGGGUUUCGUAAGGGUGACCCAAGAGCUGACAGAUACGGCUGCCUAUCAAACCGUUCUUCGCGAACUUGAAUCGGAAAAUGUGGAUACGGGUGAUAUUGCCAGCGUUGCGGAUAUAUUCUAUUGUAUCAUCCUUCCGGUCCAGAAACCGGACCGAAAUUGCGACUGCAAGGCCGUAAGGCAUCAUACAUUCGUCGGAGAUCUGUUGAAUAUAAUGCCCCACCAGGCGGUGCACAAUUAUGUCGCCGAGUCUCGAGCCAAUAACACCAAUUUUGGUAAUUUCACAAAGGCAGUGGUCUCGCAGGAGUUUCAGGCCACUCUGAAGGCCAAUAUUAAGAAGCACGAUGUCGUUAAACCGUUGCGCACCCUUCGCAAAAAUGGCUGGAAUAUCCCGGAACUGCUCCGCGCCAUGUUGACCAUUUUCCAGUGGUGACCGGUUCGGUCCACUCGCAGUUUGAGUACUUGAGUAUCCCGCUAUUGUAUGUAAACCCAAUAAAGCAACAAGUGAAAGGAAA